GGUCGCGGAGGCCUGUUCGUGGGCGGUUAGCCGGGAGCCCCUCCUCGCGUGACCCUCCGGCAACGCCGCCUCGGUUGCCGCGGCAACGGGGGAGACAUGCGGCGCCCGCCAGGCCGGCGAAGACACCCCCGGCAGGUGGCGGUGCGGGACCCCCGUUUCUUUCUGUCCCAACAGGCGGACCCGCCGGCUCGAAUGGCGGCGGCGGCGGCGACCUCUCCGCCGCCCGGGAUGGCCCUGCCUCCUUUCCAAUUCCGCCCGCGGCACGAAGGCCCGGAUUGGCGUCGCCUGAGCGCCGUGGAAGUGGACCGCGUGGCGGCCGAAGUGAACGUGGCGGUGCUGCAGGAGCACCUGGAGCACGUCACCUUCUGCAACGCCGGCCGCGAGCGCUGCCCUCACUGCCAGGGCCCCGCCGACCCGUUGCUGCUCAAGCUCCUGCGCCUGGCCCAGCUCUGCCUCGAGUACCUGCUCCACUCCCAGGAUUACCUCAGCGCCCAGCUCCGCGCCGGCCAGGAAUUGCUUCGCGCCGCCGAUGCUCACCGCGACCUGCUGGCCAAGGAUGUGGCCCGCGGGGCCCAGCAGAUCCGGCUGCUCAAGGAGGAGUGCAAGCGCCGCAAGAAGAUGAUCGCCACCCAGCAGACGAUGCUCCAGGCCGGGGCCACCUAUCACCAGUGUCAGUUUUGUGACAAAGCCUUUAUGAACGCUUCCUUCCUGCACAGUCAUUUGCAGCGUCGCCAUUCACAAGAACCAGUCACUGAUCAGAAGAAAAAAUCACAGACUUAUAAACUGCAGGAGGAGAUCAACCAGCUAAAGGAGCAGUUACAACUUACUAGGUCUCAAUUAGAAGCUGAGCAACAUGCUCAUAUAGUCAAACUGUCUAAGGAAUAUGAAGAUCGCCGAUCCAAAGAGGAGGAGAUUCGGCACUUAUUUCACAAAUGGAAGGAGGAAGAAAAGGAAAAAUUGGCCCGUGAACUUGAGAAGGUGAAAGAGAUGUUUAUGAAGGAAUUUAAAGAAUUAACUGCAAAAAAUUCAGAAUUAGAAAAUCAUUUGCUAGAGGUACAAAAGUCCAACCAACAUCUGAAAUCCAAUUUAGGCACUUUAAAAGAUACCGUUGAAUUAACAGAUGAGAAACAUCGGAUUGCUAUGGAUCAUCAGAAUGUAAUGCAGCUUCUUGAAAAACAGGAAGCUAAGUGGUCUUCUAAGGUACAAGGUCUUCAAGAAGAACAUGAAAAUGAAAAGUACCAGCUCACAGCUCAAAUUGAGAAGCUUAAAGCAUCAGUGGCUGAGGAACUGAAUAUGAGCAACAUUUUCUAUCAGAAGAGGCUAGAAGAACUAGGACAGAAGCUGCAAGAACAAAAUGAUCUUAUUGUUAUCCAGAAACAUCAGAUAGAAAAACUGGCUUCAAAAAAACCAGUAGAAAACUCGAAGUUAUCUGAAGUGAAAACUUCAGCACAAAAUAUUCAACCCAAAUCAAGCCCGUCAUCCAUGCAUGAUUUUGGAAUUGAAGCAGAAAAUCAAUCCGUUCUCCCAGCUGUAAGACUAUUAUCAAAAGAGCGUCCAGAAUCUGCUGUCCAAGAACAGCCCCCUUUGGUACCCAUGCUGGAGCCCAUAGAGGAGCUUCCAAAGAAUGAAAAAGAAAUAGAAAAGCAAGUACCCCAAAUAGGAAAGAAUAAAUCUCACAUGAUAAAUAUCUUGAAGAGUGAUCCUUCUUUAACAAAAGAGCUGAGAACUGUUUUGGAGCAGACCCUAGCAGAAAAGUUGGAAUCCUUGGGAAUUAAAUCAGGAGUGCGUGGCAUCCCAAGUGAUCAUCUGAACAGAGUCUUAAUAUCUGUUGAGACUGCUAGAGAAGAGAGAAAGAAACAACUGCCUGACAUUCAACACAUUCGGGAGCAACUUGAACGACAAGUCAGUUUCAGAGUUGCUGAAAGAUCAUCUUGCAGCAGAUUUUUUUCCAACCCUGUUCUUUCUUCAGAAGCUAAACACAGGACAACUCGCUUAGGAACUUCAUUACCCACCGUUUUUCCCAAGCCAGUAAAACGUUCUUCCAUUACCAAACGUUCACUCGUGCAAAGAACAUUGCCUGCUGAAAACACUUCAACCCCAAAAACCAAGAAGAAUAUGUUGAAGGAUGAGAUUUCUCGAAAGCCACCUAGUACUGUGUAAGCUGCCUUCAUUUUGUUUUGCAUGCUUUGAAAUAAGAA